GGUGCCGGAGGUACUUCUAACGAGGGAACCUCGUGUGGCAAAGCACCCUCCCGUUGUGAUUAGAUAGAGAGGUGAUAAGGACGCGUGAAAAAUUACUCAAGUCUGUGCUGGAGACAAACUGAGAGUUUUGGCGGGGUUGUGUGGGUCCAAUUAGUGUUUUAAUUUAGUGUAACCAUCGCGCCCUUUGAACUCCCAUUUGCCGAAACGCCAGAUGCUCACGAAUCAUGCUGUGCUUCAAUCUCAAAAUUGCCGCAAUUUUCCGUGGAUAUCGCGAUGAGUCUGUUCGGGAUCGGAGCCAGAGCCUGUGUACACCACCACCAAGAACUCCACCUCAUCGUGACAUUGGAGCUCUGCGUGUGCUGCAGAGGAGGGCAUCGAGCGUGAUUUCGUCAGCAACAGAAUUAAUUUCUCGUCGUGGUGUUUUUGCUAGACGCAAUUAUGGAUCUGUUGAUAAGCUGCCGCAAUGUGAACUUGAAGGACUUGACCAGAAUUGCAGACGUUUCAGAUUGGAGAAUGGUGAGAGUAUGGCAGAGAAAGACGAAGUAUUUGGUAGUCCGAGUACGCCUAUCCUGGAAAAUCCUGAGCACCAGACUCGAUGGUAUUUCAAAUAUUUCCUCGGCCGAUUGCAUCAAAACUACGUUGGGAUUGAUUCGGAAAAGAAUCCGUACUUCCUUUCGGUGGUGUCACAGGACUCAGGGAGCAAAUACAUGCCUUUGUACAGAGUUAUACUAUUCAGGAAGCAGGGUGCUCAGAAGCUUGCCCUACCCUACAAUCCUCAGCAAAAGUUGACGGUGAAGCAAAUUUUGGCCCAUUUCCCGUCUAUGGACACCAAUAAAACGCCCAAGGAACUAUUUUCCGCGGACAUUCAGAAGGAUUUGCUGUUGCUGGAGGAACAGGAGGGUUCGGUGAAUUUCAAAUUUGGCGUUGUGUACAUGAAGGGUGGUCAGAAGGCCGAUGAUGAAAUGCUGAGCAAUGAGUGUGGCAGUGAGGAUUUUGAUGAGUUUCUGGGCGUGUUGGGGGAGAAGAUUCGUCUAAAGGGGUGGCAGCAGUACAAAGGUGGACUGGAUGUAAAGAAUGAUAUGACGGGCAGAUAUUCCAUUUACACCAUUUACGAAGGUCACGAAAUAAUGUUCCAUGUAUCAACCUUACUACCUUUCUCACGAGAUCGGCAGCAGGUUGAGCGCAAGAGACACAUUGGAAAUGAUAUCAUCAACAUCAUCUUUGUGGAUGGAGAUGAAGCGGAUUUCUCGCCGAAUUGCAUCAAAAGCCAAUUUACACAUAUUUUUGCCGUCGUCACGAAGCGUCGUAAGACAUAUAGAUUGUCCAUGUACUGUGAUGAGACUGUCCCUCCAUUCGGACCGACACUCCCUGAUCCACCAGAAUUUCAAAAUCCUACGACGUUCCGUGAAUUUCUGCUGGUGAAAUUAAUUAACGGAGAAAAGGCAACAUUUCAGACGCCCACAUUUUUCCAGAAGCGUCAACGAACACUGGAAAUGCUCAUUCGGGAUUUGUAUGAGGAAUACCAGCAUGACUCCAAAAUGACAAUGCUCAAUCGACGUGCAUUCUCUGAGGUACUCUAUGACGCACCGCGAGCAUCGAAGCUGAAGGAGGAUGCACGCCAGGUGGAAUUCGUAAGAAUUGGUCAGGCCCUGAAACUGGAGGCGAUUGUACGUGGUGAUGCACCCACGAGUCUGGCAACAGCAGGACCUGGAUCGGUAUUCAAGAGACCACCAUGGGAGCCACAUUGUUUCUAUGCGGCCUUCAAUCACAGGGGCAACAUUGUAGGAGAUUCUUGGGGCUGUGACGCCUUAUUUUUGGCGACUGACGAGGGCACAUUUCUGAUAAAAGAGGACCAAAGUCACCAAAUUGUUUUCGAUCGCACCUUCAGCGUUCGGCAAUUGAGUGUUUGUGAAGAUUAUGGGAUUGUUUUAAUUAGAGGUGGGGCUGCCACACAUAAAGAUGGCCAUCGGAUCUAUGUCUUUCAGCUCAUUGACUUCAAAGAAGAGAGCAUCAAGUGCAGGACCCGAAUGGAUGUAAAAGCUCAUAGGAUUGAGAAGACUAGAGGAACUCAUCUGUAUAGCAUCUCAAAUGGGAGUGAUGGCCACUUGAAGAUGGCUGUGGCGAUUGGAAGGAAACUUCUCAUGUACCAGUGGAAGGAUACAGCAGCCAAACACACAUGGUGCAACAAUGGAAAUUACACUGCAGAUGGUUUCCUAUUCCUGAGGGAAAUCACCCUUCAUGAAACACCAUCAAUUCUGACAAUAAUCGAGGGAUAUGCAAAUUCCAAGUUAGAUCCAAAUCAUGGAAAUAUCAUUUGUUGCGGUUUCAAGCACAAUUUUGACGUAGUUUGUGAAAGCACUGGACAAUCCUUUCGUCUGCACGAAAUUGAAAUAUCCAAGAGAUCGCAGACACAGCUAGUAGCAGCCCUUGAUCUCUACGAUGGUCAUGAAACAGAACUUCUACUUUGCUACAACCAUACCUGCCAUUUUCAGAAGCUCGAUGAUGAAGGUUCAAGUACAGAAUUUGACUUUCAUUGGAACUCUUCACCCACAUCCGUGAUUUGCGCCUUUCCCUAUGUUAUAGCCUUCACGAAUGAUUCCAUGGAAAUCAGAUUACUCGUGAAUGGAAAUCUCGUACACAUGGUUUCUAUGGCAGAAUUGCAAUUGAUCACGAGUAAAAAGGACAUAUUUUUUGCCACCACAGCACCUGAAUUCAUUCCAAAGGACAAUCGCAUCAAGGGCUUGGAAAACGAGUCAGAGAGCCCCAAGGAUCAGGUAAAGCAUUCACCGAGAAUUGGGGAUAUUUCAUCAGAGAGAAUUCUGGAGAUUAAGAAUCAAAUUGAGAGGAUUGAGGAGAAUCAGAGAAUUGAAAUAGUGGACAAUGUUCCAAUCAAUGCCAAGGAUGAUCUCAAUAGGUUGCUAGUAUGUCCUAGUGAAGACCUACCUUCUAUUCAUCGGGCACGAUCUCUUCAGGGUAAGGAGCGCACUAGAGAAAUGGAUGACUCUUGUAAAAGGCAGAUUUCUAAAAGCAAUUCCUGUGGAGAAACUGCAAGUGCAGCUGAAUUUGCACCUCAUAAAGCUCUGGUAGAACCUUCAGUACCUCCCAAUUCACCCAAGAGUAUUACCACUGACUCUCCUGGAUCACCAAACAGUCGAAAGCUUUCUAAGAGCUUUAAAGGUGAUGCAGAAGGAAUUGAAAAGCAGAAACCCCUGAGAAUCUAUAGAAUACCAAUAGCUAAUCUUACUGGACCUCAUCAUUCUCAGUCAUACCAUCCACAGAAUUUGAAGAUGCCCAAGGUCCAAAAAAUCCCAGAAGAUCACACUGCCGAGAGUGAAGAAAUAACAGCAGCGGAUGAGGGUGUCUCAUAAUAAUUUUCUACUGGAUAAGAUUUUGUGCACUGAUUGUCCUAGAUUUUUGCUCUGUAACCGACA